ACAGAGGUACGGCACUUUACGCAGAGCUCGUGGAUAUAUCAAACACACACACUACAACAAUUUCACCGGGCCUCAAUGAGUCCCGUCAUGGACCUGCACCAAAGUGUGAACGCGGUGAUCCAGCAGCACCAGUCUCGCGCUCUGCCCGGUACCAGCUCGCCCAGCGUCCUCCUCGCGUACAAAAACGCGACGCAGAGACUCUGCGCGACCGGGUUCAAAGUCAGCACGCUCUCCAAAGCGGGAAUGGGCAUCCUGAAACUGGCCACGACUCACCUGAAGCAGCAGGAGAAGAAAGCGCGGGUGGUGCGCGCGUCCAGUCUGGGGAAAGUCGACUGCAGCAAGUCUCCUCUGGACCAACUGGCCGCGCUGGUGUUGCACGGGCAAGCGCGUCUCCAGCCGCUCGCGAACCAGGCGCACGGCUCCGCAAAGCCGCAGAACUGCAGGCGCGUUGUGGUGCUCGGCGCGCCGCGCGUCGGGAAGACCUCGAUCCUGCGCCGGUUCCUGCGCGACGGCUUCGAGGAGCGAUACGAGCCCACCGCUGAAGAUUUCCACCGCAAACUCUACCACAUCCGAGGCGAGACCUACCAGAUAGACAUCCUGGACGCGUCCGGGGAACGCUCGUUCCCCGCCAAGAGGAGACUCUCCAUCCUCACCGGCGAUGUGUUCCUGCUGGUGUUCAGUCUGGACGACCGCAGCUCGUUCGAGGAGGUGUGUGCUCUUCACGCCGAGAUACAAGCGGCUAAAGCGGCGCUACACAAGCAGAAAGUGUGUGUGCCGACGGUGGUCUGCGCCAACAAGCUGGACCUGGCGUCGGAGCGGCGCGCGGUGUCGCGGACGGAAGUGCAGCGCCGCCUCGGUACCGGCUGCGCUCUGGUGGAGACGUCGGCGAAGGACGCGGUGAAUCUGGAGCAGGUGUUCGAGGCGCUGGCGCGGCGCGGGGGACUCCCGCUGGAGACCGGACCCUCGCAGCACCGCAAGGUGUCCAUCCGCUCAUACCAGGCGCUGCGGGCGGCGAGCGACGCCCCGUGUGGAGCCGUAUAUCCACUCGCGCGCAGGCCGAGCUUCGGCACUGACCUCCGGCUGGUGCUCGGGCCCAAAGCCAAUGGAAAACAGGGCCGAGCGCUGGACAGGUGUCCGAUUCAGUGAAACUGAGACAGAACUGUAAAAACUAACAGCACUGACAAUACUCAACGUUUCCAGACAAGUGGGGGAAUUUUUUUUGGGUGCAUAUGGAUGAAUCACAACACUGUUUACUAUUAUAUUAUAUAUUAUAUUUCAAUCUUGGCCUAGUAAAUCCCUCUGGUGCUCUUCACGUGUUGGUGAAAUAUGACCGUUUAUUAUUUUUGUUUCAAUGAAAUUAAUGUACUGUAUUUUAGUUUGAUUUUUUUUUUAUUUAAUAUUUAGUAUUUUUAGGGGAUUUUGUGGUACUAAAUUAUAUUUACGCUGUAUUUAUUAUCUAGUCACUUUUUGAACAUAGACCUGAAAAUUUAAGUUUGAUCUCUUUUCAAAGACGACACUCGGCAGAUUCUUGCUGAAGUAAAAAGUUUUUAAAAAGUAGCCUAAACUUACACAAGGUACAGAAUUUGACUUUAUUGUUGUGAAAAAUGUGGAAAAAAAAUGCUAUUUUAUUACUUUUUUUUGUUUUAUUCUAAAACUGUGAAGAAAUCAAAGGCAUAAAUCUAAACAGGUUUGAGGCUGAUAUCUCAGUAGAUGUGCGUUCAGUAAGAGUGUGUUUGGCCGCAGUACCGAACGCUUCCACUAGAGGAAACUCGCCUCUCAUUCAUUUCCAAUGUGCUCAUUUUUACCUGUUCAAAUAAUAUCCGUGAUCUUGUUCACUUAGCGUCAAACCCUUUUGCAAGUUUCGUACCGUUCCUAUGAAGAAAAAAAAAAAAAAACAUUCCCAAAAAAGAGAAAUGUAAAAAUGAUUCGGUCGUAAAUGACCGAAGAGCACCAGAGAGUAAAAUGCACAUGAAUGUAUUUAAAAAUAGCCAUAACUAUUCUUUUAUUUUACUUAAUGAAUGAGGGAGGGACAAUGAAACAUUUAUCUGAACUUUAGCUUCUUUAAUGUUAGCUGAAAUUGAUUUAAUGUUGUAAAAAUGUGUUUAAUAUCAACCCAUAAUCGAAAGGAUCCUCUGUUGCCUUAAAGUAGAUGCCAUAUUUAAUGACUGCAAACAAUGCUGUGAAUGAUAAUGUUGUUGACGUCAAUCUUUAGGCCACUUUUACGGCUCGCUCGCCUAUUAAACGAAACAUCGGUGUGAAAUAAUAAAGCCUGAUGUUGCUCGGCUGGUUUGUUGAAUGCAUGUGAUGCUGACUGUCUAAUAUCUGUACACGUUUUAAAUAAAAUAUUUUUUACACGAGUA